CAGUUGCAUCACCGACCGGCAUCGCUGCGCGAGCGAUUCCGCGCUCACGGGAUACUCGCGGCUCACAAACGACGUUUCUCCUGUCGAUUUCUCGGCUUCACCACGCGAACUACACGACAGUUGCAAUUACAUGUUCGGUUACACCGUCCGGCGACGAAAGAAAAAUUCCAACGAAAUUGGUUUCAAUAAUCUCCUCGUAAAUGGGGAGUUGACAAAAGAAAGGAACGAAAACGAAACCGGUCUGAAUCUCUCUGCACGAAGAACGAUAUCGCGAACAGUCGGCGGCACGCGCUCAGAACCGCAUCGGAACGCGUCAGUCCGGGAGGUUAUCUCUCCAGCGGAUACCGGGUUGUCGAAUGACGUGACUCCGUCGGUCAGCGCGCUCUUUCUCGAGCAGAGUCGUUCGCGAAUGUGACGAGAGGGUGCACGAUGCCGCAGGAGAACGAGAUAACCGCGUUGGUGAACGGUGGUACCGAUGGUGCGUCCUUGAAGGAGGAUCGACAACCGAAGGAGAUCUUCGGGGAGGAUCUGCCGAAGGACAAGGUCGAAGGUGGACAAGGGCACCAGGAGGACCCGAACGGGAUGCCCGAACUAAAGGACGACGUCGUCCAGGCUGACGACGAGGAGGUCGCCUUGGAUCUCGGAGAACCCUCUCCGGAAGUAAUGGAGUACGCCAGAAGGGAGAUAGGGGAGACGGAAGAGGUCAAGUGUCGAACCAUUCAAGAGCUGAGGGACAUGAUUUACGAGAGGGGUGAGUGUCAGCCACACAGGAUGGACGAUGACUUCCUGAUCAGAUUCCUCAGAGUAAGAAAUUUCAACGUCCAUCGCGCCCAUCGAUUGAUAGUGAAUUACUACAACUUCAAAGAGGAACACCCAGAAAUUCAUCAGGAUGUGAGCCCAUUGGAGAUGAGGUACAUCGGAGACGACGACGUGAUGACGGUGCCGGCGUACAGGACCCAGUGCGGCAGAAGGAUAAUGAUCUAUCGAUUGGGUAACUGGAAUCCGAGAAAAUAUCCCGUGGAGGAAAUCUUCAAGGCCACGGUUAUCAUCCUCGAGCUGGGAGUCCUGGAGCCAACCGCACAGAUUCUUGGUGGCGUCGCCAUUUUCGAUCUACAGGACAUUAUGAUGGCACAUGCGUGGUCAAUCACUCCACAGGUGGCCAGUAUGGUGAUAGCUUUGAUGGUGUCGGCGUUCCCUAUGAAGACCCACGCCAUACACAUCCUCCAUCAGUCCUGGGUGUUCGAUGUGAUGUUCGCCGUGUUCAAGCCGUUGCUAGACGUCAGGAUGCAGAACAAGAUUUUCUUCCAUGGCAGCAAUAUGGAGAGCCUCCAUCAGCACAUCUCGCCCAAUCACUUGCCGAAGAAGUAUGGCGGAACGCGGGAGGAAUUGCCUUACUACAAGUGGAUCGACAACCUCAGCAAAACCCCUAGGAUCGUCAAAGAGAUGAAGCAACUCGGUUACGUGGUACCCCCAGAGAUCUCCAAGAAAAUGGGACAUCUGCUCGACGACUGAGCCCGACAGGAACUCCUGGGAUCAUACUUCUCAAACAAUUUACUUGCACUUUCAAUUAAUACUUGUACUCACUUUCUGGUGGCACGCUAGUUUGUACAAAGCGUUUCACAGGAUAACAUACACCUUUUAUAUUUCCUUAAAUUUGUAUCGUCCUCACCAUAGCGUAUUCUAUCUUCCCCUAAUUAAAUGGUUGAUGUUUCUUUAAACAGGUAACGUUGGUUUAUUUAAGCGUAAAAUCCCCGGGUUGCUCGUACGUUCAGCACAAGUCUCGAGUAUGUACGACUCGAAGGCUUUCAUGUUCUCAAUUAUGGAACUGGAGUAUCGAUUAAGCGUUGCGAAGAAGCGAUUUCGUGUCUUCUCUUCAGCGAGGGAAGUCUCGCCCGCGCUGAAGUGUCACUGGGUCGACGAUUUCAAAUUCACACUUUCCUAUCAAAAGUCCUUCCAGCGGUGCCAACAGCCAACCGUCUGGGUCAUCCAUAAUUAUGAGUCCUGCUGACGAAUUCAUCGAUAGAGUUUUAGAACGAGCGCGCUUCCAUUCCUUCUGAUUUCAAUAUUUUUAAUUUGGAGGUAUAUUGUUUCGGUAGCGGUAAUGGAAUUACAAUAUUUUUAAUCAUUUAUGA